AUGGCUGCCCACCGCUUUAUAACCCCCAAUUCCCACGCUCCACGAGGCUUCGACAUCCAUUCAAUUCUCUCUCCACCCGAAUCAGGGCGCAUCGAAUCUUUCUCUCCAACUUCCGUCUCAGCGAUCCGAACGCCCCGAUCUUCAUUCACAUCGGACAACGCGGUGAUGCCGUCGAAAGAUAUCAACGCCAACCGGGUGAUGGGCCCGACCCUCCGGGCUCCUCUCCCCAUCUCUCCUCCCAUCUCCCCGGCUACAAAUCUCGUCGACAACUCCAAAUCUCAGGCCGUCGAGGGCGACACGUCCAGGGACCCACUUCUCUAUCCGGUUGAUUUCCCAGCUACCGGCACCGUUCUCCCUGCAAGUGAGCCUUUGUUUCCAGAUGGGCAACCAGACCCGUCCAUGGAUGCUGUGGUCGAUCAGCACAUGAAGUCGAAUUCCUUUGCUGUAGCUGGUACCGAACCCCCCUCUCGAGCCGAGUACCUGCUGGUCGCAUCAUGUUGCUCCCGAAUCCACCAGCUGGUGGACAAGAGUCCGGGAGGUUACAUGGCUUCCACCCUCAAGGACAACGAUGUGUACCGGAAGAGGAAGUUGGAAGACACCAUCGUUUCGGCUCACCGGAGACUUGCGCCCGCACCGAACAAACGACCCCGCCUCCAUGCUCCCCCUUCCGCUCCCCGGACGCCGCGAGGUCCUAAGCGAACCUCCUCCAUCUCGACCAAGCCUGUCUUCGGGAACGAUCGUCUCUCCAACCCGGUCCCCAAGGCACCUCGCGCUCCGACCUCUCGCGAUGACGUGGAGUUCGAUUCCCUUCCGGACUACUGCCCGCCCCUUGCCACGCUCGGCAGCAACAGCAAGGCGUUGAAGGGCGACUGGAAGGGCCAGGCUCUCGAUCUUUCGCAGGACAAAGACCGCGAGCUUCUUCACGAAGCCGAGGUGGCCAUCGCCGCCACGCUCCGUCUCUCCUGCGCGACCUACCUGUGCAGCAAGCGACGCAUCUUCCAAGGCCGCCUCGAGGCUCUCACCAAAGGCAAGGAGUUCCGCAAGACCGAUGCCCAGCAGGCGUGCAAGAUCGAUGUGAACAAGGCGAGCAAGCUGUGGACGGCGUACGACCGGGUGGGCUGGUUCCACCCCGAGUUCUUUCGCCAGUUCCUUUAA